CCAUUUCUUCACAGGUCAUAGUGUCCUACCCGCCCGAGAGAUGGAUGUCGAAUGUGCAUCCACCCCGUGCCUCUUCCCCGUAUCUCUUCUCCGUAUCCCUUCUCCGUGUCCCUUCUCCGUAUCCCUUGCCCGUGUCCCUUCUCCGUAUCCCUUCUCCGUGUCACUUCCCCGUAUCCCUACCCCGUACUCCUUCCCCGUGCCAUUUCUCCGUGCCCUUCUCCCAGACACCUCCCUUAGUGCAGCUCCUGCCAUCAUCAUUCGAUCAUGCAUUCAGUCGACCUCUGAAGACGACAGCUCGAUGACCUGAGAGCUCGGCGGACGGCUUGACCGAUUGGAAGCCCGACGAUUCGAAAGCUCGACGGUUUGAAAGCUCGACUGUUCGACAGCUCGACGGUUCGACAGCUCGACGAUUUAAUGAAGCCUCAUUUGAACCACAAGGUCAUACAAAUGGC